CCUAUAGAGGGAGUUUUCUCAGUUCUCGGUUACACACACAUGCGCGUCCGCAAGACAACUCGGGUUUUCCGGGCAUGGAAUACACAGAUAUACGGAAAUGGCUACUCUAACAUCUACGCCCUUCUUCUGGUUUGGCUACUUGUGUGUCGUCCUGUUUGUGUCUGCAGACCAGAAAAACAUACCAGCUAAGUCUGGACAGGACGUCACUCUGCCAUGUCGAGCUCCAAACAACAACAACAAACCUAUCAUAAUUGCAGAGUGGAGCAGAGCUGACUUGGACACAGAAUAUGUCCUUUUGUAUCGGGGUGAGCAAUUUGUUCCAGACAACCAGCAUCCAUCUUUUAAGAACCGGGUGGAUCUGCAGGACAGACAGAUGAAGGAUGGAGACGUGUCUUUGAUUCUGAAGAAUGUGACGACUGCUGAUAGUGGGAUGUACAAGUGUCGUGCAUUUUUGAGUCAAACACGAUCGUGGGAAUCCAUCAACAACAUCAACCUGAGUGUUGAUCCUCCAGGUCAGACAAGAGGACCUGUUGGACUGAUAGUUGGUCUGUCUGUUUCUGCUGUGCUUCUUGUUGCUGCUGUUGUUGGUUUUUUGAUCUACAGAAACCAUAAACAGAAGCAGAAUUCACAUCAAGCACGUGCUGUUGUUUGAACAGUUGAACUAUGAGUCUCCUGCAGCUGUUCCAAGACUGAUGAGUAUACACUGAUACUCUACUGCCAAUUUGGUGUUCGGCAUCUUUGUGAAAGAAUUUCAACAUUAGUGAUUGACAAGACAAUUGUAACACCAAGGAACUGUUCUGUGAAGCAGGAUUUGGUUUUAUACAGAUAACUUCAGGGUUCUAGAUUUUCAGUGCAACAAAAGUAUUUCACUUACUUACUAGGGUAUACUGCAAUGGUAACUUCAUUAAUAUAAUAGCCCUUUUACAUUUUGACUGACUAAAGAGCUUAAAGUGCACACUUUUAAUAAUAUAGCACUAUACAAUUUUCCUCCCACACAUAAUGUUGUGUAUAUUUCACUCUGUGUUUAACCACUACAUAUUUUUCUCAUACAGUAUAGUAACAUCUGUCUUUGUAAAUUCAGCCACUCUGCUGCCACUACUCUUUCCAAUAAUUGUGAUUGGUCAAAUGCUGCAAACACCAUCCUUUUUGCAGACACCCAGGGUUCAUUUAGCAAGUCAGUAACCAACUUCAGGUGUCCAACCUAACCCCACUGCCAGUGUUAGUGUAAGCAAAUCCAAAUAAUGAAAAUAUAAUCUGGAUAUGUUUAUUUCACUUCAUAGUACAGACUUCUGAAGUUGCACUCAGCAAACAGGUUGUAUCCAAAGAGGAAAGAAAAUGAAAACAUAAAAGACUGAAGCCACGUCCAAAAUAAUUCAAUCUUUAUCUAUAAAAUGCAGAAUAUUUCUCUUUUUAAGAUAUAAAGCGAAGCAAUGUUUAGCGUUUUCUGAAUUUCUUAAUUUCUAUGAAAAAGAUUCAAGAUUUCACUACAAGAUUACAGUUUUCAAAAUUAAUUAUUUUAUUAUCAUUUGGUGGCUGUAGCUCAGGUGGUAGAGCAGUUCCCUUGCUAAUCGGAAGGUUCGUAUGCAAAAUAUCACUGAGCAAGAUACUAACCCAAGUUGCUCUCUGACGCAUCCAUCAGAGUAUGAAUGGAUGUGAAGGUUACAUUAGAAAGCACUUAGAGCAUAGAAAAUGUGAAUGGGUGAAGGAGGGGAGUUGUGUAAAGAUGAGUGCUCAGAGUAGAAAAGCACUAUACAAGAAUCAGUAUAUUUACUUUUUCUACUGCUGUACAAAAUUAAAAAUAUCUAAUAUUAGAUAAACAAAGUAGUUAUUGCAUUAAUAUAUUGCCAGCUGGAGUAAAAAAAAGAAAUCGAUAUUCAUGACUCUUAAUUUAAAAAAACAAAACAAAACAUUAAACAGAAAUUAAAUAUAUAUGCUGUGAGGUGGGAUUGUACCUGUUAACUAAUGCUUUUACUUAUAAAAUCCACUAUUAUACUGCUUCAAUAUAAGCAGAAGAGUUAAGGACAGUUCUUUAACACAUUUUUAUGUAUUAAGCACAGUUGUCUAAAUUUCAUGAUGUCCAGCUUUUCAAAAUUUUUAAACACUGUACAAAUUUACUGUAAGACUUAAUACUAAAUGUUUAUUUAUAUUCUGUAUUUUGCUUUCAAAUAUUUUAUGUUCAACUGUUUUACAACCUUUGACAUUGUAGACAUCAUUUCAUGUGAUUUUCUUUCUGUACAGUUGUUUUUCUCCUUUACCAGAAACCGUGUGACCUGUUGAGUUAGUAGAUGUAGCAUUAACCUGAAUGUUUCUUCUCCACUCCAUCUUUUUUCCUCUCUCCAUAUGUUUAUAUGUUGCUACUAAAUGUAAUUAAAAUUCUCCCCUUUAGUAUUUUUUUCUCUUUCUAUGAUUUCAAUCAUAGAAAGAGGCUUCACUAUGCCAAGUCAAUUCAACUGCUCGUCUGUGUCUUACAUCAUGCUUUACUUUCGUCGCCAUUCCUUUUUGGGUCAUGUUUUGGGUUUAACCCCUCCACCCGUGUGAUUAUGUUAGUUGUCUUGAGGUGUGUUCUCCACAUGUUACAUCUUCACUUGUUAUCUUGUGUGUAUAUUACUUUUUUUGUUUGUCCUUUGCUAAGUGGUUGCCAGACAAUGAGAUGGUGACAUCCAGAACUGAACAUUUUUGGAUAUCAAUCAAAUGUUAAUGUACUUUUAUAAGUUGUUUUUUUUUUUGUUUUUUGUUUUUUUAAUUCAGGUUUAAAACUUUCUUUUUGGCUAAAGCAUAUAGUCAGGGCUGGAUCAGGUGACCCCGAAUCCUCCCUCAUUUUUGCUUCAAUAGGUGUAGACUGCUGAGGGAUUCCCAUGAUGCAUUGAUUAUUAAUUCUUCAGUCACCUUUCUCACUCACUAUGUGUUAAUAGACCUCUCUGCAUUGAAUCAUACUUGUGUUUUGGUGCCAUUUAUAAAUAUAGUGAACAUAAAUGCAGGUGGUAUUUAUAUAUGUAUGUAAAGAGAAGAGAAACCUUUUUUAUCCAUUUGCAGAGUUUUUUCACUUUUCUGUGUUCAGUGCAUUAAUUGAUGACGCUGCUAGUCAGUCUCAAAGUUAUUUGCACAGAAUUUCAGGGCUGAAAGCAAGAAGCACUGAUAACAGUGGCUAUGUGAGGGUCUAGCCCACGGGUCUCCCCUCCCACUCCACACCUCGAAAGCUACUGUCCUGCAGCUUUUAUGCAUCCUGGCACAUCUGAGUCACAUGAAAGGUUGUUAAAGAGGUAGGAAUACAACUAAAAGCCACCAAUGACUGGUAGAGGUAACUUUCCGUGGAAAUUACCCAAACUUCUGCUGGUUGGUUUUAAAAAAAGACAGCCUUCCUGAAUGGUCCAGCAAAGAAUGUUUGUUGUUGAAACAACAGACUCAAUGUCGUAUCAUGUUUUCUGUUUAAAAUGUAAACUGCUGGUUAUGAACAGUAAAAACACAUUCAUAAAAUCAAAGAACUUGAA